GGGAAAAGUCACAUACUAUAAAAGAAGUCCAGAAUUAUAAUAAACCGCAUGCUGCAUAUUAUGCUGAACAUAAUUCACGUUAAUUUAAUACAAAGAAUAACAUAUCUUAAACAAACAUAACACUGAAAUAAAACAAAGUUAUACUAAAUAAAAUAUCAUAGUGAAAAUAAAACAAGUGUUACACAGAAUAAUCACCAGAACAAAUUAAAUGUGGAAGUAAUGUUGAGCAAGAAUAAUAAUGAGUUAUAAAUGUGAUUUACUUUUUCAUCUCGUCAUAUCAAAGGUUCACACUUUUAAUUCUAAAAGAACUUGAUGUUGAAAAACGUUUUGACUUCCAUAUCGUCAACUUAUUCCGUCAUAUCACUUCAUCGUCUAGGAUUAAAAUAUCUCAAAAAGUUGUGAUACGACCUGAUUCUGCUUCACCUUGGGGAUUCUGUAUUCGAGGGGGAAGAGAUUUUGACCAACCACUUAUUAUAUCUUCUGUAAGUCUUGGAAGUCUGGCAGAUAUCAGUGGCUUACGUACCGGAAUGCGUGUUUUAUCCAUUGGUCGUGAUCCUACUACCAAAAUGACUCACCAACAAGCUAUUCAAGCAAUUAUACGUUGCUGCAACGAUCUGGAAAUGGAAGUCUAUGAUAAUGGUUUGAAUAAUUCUGGUUGUUCUACACCGCUUCAUCAAAUGAACAUGUCUAUAACACAAACAUCACUAAGUAUUGAACUUCAUAAACCAAUAGAACCAACAAAACCGCAAACAGUUAUAUCUAAAUUUGUUCAUAUUGGUACUAGUCCAACAAUAUCUCGCUCUCAUUCACCUAAUGGAAUAAUAAUAAGAUCAUACAGUCCAAACUCAACUACAGUACAUAAUCGUAUAUUGGCUGAAAAACUAGAUAUAAAUCAUACAUCACCAAUUUAUACACCACAAAAUAAUAUAAGUUUAAAGCCAUCUUAUACAUCAUUAUAUAAUCUGCCUAAAUAUAGUACAAUGAAUCAACCACAGCCUAAUAUCAAAACUAAUACAAAACCAGAUAAUUCUUUACUGAGAGGAGUGCUACGUUCAAAAGAUUUUAAAAUUAAUCCUAUAUGUCAUGUAUGUCAACAACAAAUACACGGACCAUUUAUCGAUACGAAUGAUAGAUGCUUUUGUCCAAAUCAUUUCAUAUGUGAUUAUUGUCAUCAACCACUAAACGAAGAUGGUUUUGCUGAACAGAAUGGAAAAUUAUACUGUGAAAAAGAUUUUGAACAAUAUAUUGCUUAUAAAUGCUCCAAGUGUAAUUUACCAAUUAUUGGUAAAAUUAUCAAAGCAAUAAAUCGAACAUGGCAUCCAUAUUGUUUCGUUUGUUAUCACUGUCAAAAACCAUUAGAUGAUAUAUUUCAUGUAGAAGAUGAUAAUCGUGUAUUAUGCGAAGAACAUUGGAAACAAUUUCAUGAGAUUGAAUGUGCGAAAUGUAAACAGUCCAUUUCAGAGAUCGACCGUUUUAUUCAAGCUUGUGGAAAACAAUAUCAUGCAAGAUGUUUUAGUUGUGCUGCAUGUCAAAAACCACUUGAAGGUAAACCAUUUCAUACUAGAGAUCAAAAACCUUUUUGUCUCAUACAUGCUAAUGCAGUCGCACUAUUUGGUUGA